AUGAAUUCAGACUUAGGGUUCAUUACAUCCCAGUUGAGUGGCAUCAAAAUUUCAACAACCCAGUUUCAAACAUCUGCUACCAGCCCAAUCUCUGCUCCUUUCAGGCCUUCUCUCCAACCUGUUGCUCGUAGAAUAUGUCCCUUCACGGGCAAGAAAUCAAACAAGGCGAACAAAGUUUCCCAUUCAAACCACAAGACGAAGAGGCUGCAGUUUGUAAAUCUGCAAUAUAAGAGAAUUUGGUGGGAAGCCGGGAAGCGCUAUGUCAAAUUGCGGUUGUCGACCAAAGCUCUCAAGACCAUAGAGAAGAAUGGACUUGAUGCAGUGGCUAAGAAGGCUGGAAUUGAUCUUAGUAAAAAGUAA